AUGGGUUCGGUAGCACCAACAACGAACGGAGACACGCAAAUUAGAGAGCUUGAUGUUCUAGUUAUUGGCGCCGGCUUCGGCGGAUGCUAUAGUCUGCACAAAUUUCGCAAGGCGGGCUUCAAAGUCCACGUCUACGAGGCAGGUAGUUAUCUUGGGGGCGUCUGGCAUUGGAAUAGGUAUCCAGGGGCACGCGUCGACUCUGAAAUUCCAUAUUACCAGUUUUCCCUGCCAGAGCUAUGGCGUAAGUGGAACUGGACUGAGCGAUUUCCCAGCGGUGGCGAGCUGAGAGAGUACUUCAAGUUCGUUGACGAAAGGCUGGAUCUGUCCAAGGACAUCACCUUCGGCGCCAAGGUCGUCCGCGGAGAGUUCGACCAAGCGGCUGCCAGGUGGACAGUUGAGACUGAAGUCGGUUGGAAAGCAACUUGCAAGUAUCUGAUCUGUGCGACUGGAAGCUCGUUCAAGCCGCACUAUCCGGCGUUCAACAACCUAGAGAAGUUCAAGGGUCGACUCAUACACUCAACCGACUGGCCGGCGGAUGCAGAUGCAAAUAUUGAUGGCAAGAAGGUCGCUGUGAUUGGAUCAGGCGCCACUGCAAUCCAAUGCUGCCAGGAGAUCUCAAAGAGGGCAGAACAUAUGACGACCUACAUCCGCACUGCUAGCAUCUCUCUGCCUAUGGUCCAACGUCCCCUCGGCGAGCUUGAGCAGAGAAUUGAGAAGGCAACCUACAAUAGAAUGUUUGACUAUUGUAGGCAGACCGCAGCAGGGCUGGGCUACGAUCGCAAAUUCGGGAGUGUGUAUGAGCUUAACGACGAGGAACGUGAGGAAUUCUGGGAGGAACUGUGGUCUCGCGGCGGCUUCAACUUCAACCAAGCCAACUACCGCGACUUCCUUAUCGAUAAAAAGGCAGGCGAGCUGAUGUAUCAGUUCUGGGCUAAGAAGACGCGCCCGCGAAUCAAAAACCAUUCAAAGGCGGCCUUCCUGGUCCCCGAGAAGGCACCCUUCCUCUUUGGCACCAAGAGGAGCAGCUUAGAGCAAGACUAUUAUGAGUGCAUGGACCGGGACAAUGUUUCAAUCGUUGAUCUUAAAGCCCACCCUAUUCAAGAAUUCACUGAGAAGGGCAUUGUCACCCAAGAUGGCCUCGAAGAGCAAUUUGACACUGUUAUCAUGGCCACGGGCUUCGACGCUAUGACUGGAAGCCUCACCAACAUGAACAUCAAGGGAACGGAUGGACUGACCUUCAAGGAACGGUGGAAUAAUGGUGUAUUUACUCAUCUAGGUCUUUGCAGCAAUGGAUGCCCUAACAUGUUUCUCGUCUACGGGCCUCAAGCUCCUACUGCCUUCACUAAUGGGCCGGUGUUUAUCGAGAGCCAAGUCGAAGUUCUUCUCGAAUUGCUCCAAAGGCUGGAAGGAGAGGGCGUGAGUUCUAUCGAGGCUACGCGCCCUGCUGAAGAACAGUGGAAGCAGGCCAUGCAAGAGGACGCCGCCAAGACCUUGCUCCCGUUGACAGACUCGUGGUACAUGGGGGCAAACAUUCCAGGAAAACCUCGAGAACAGCUCAACUACAUGCGUGGGAUCCAGGCAUACAUUUCUGAAGUUCGGGAGGCGUUGAAAGAUCUGAAGGGAUUCACUGUCGUUUAUAAAACUUAG